AGGAAGGGCGCAGGCGCGUUGUGCUCCGGCGGACCGGGGUGGGAUGCAGAGGGCGCGAACGUUUUGGGUUUGUUUGGGUUGUGAGCGGUCCGCGCACAGCCCGGGAAAAGCGAGAAAUGGCGACGCCGAUUGCGGGCUCGCGGCCCGCCUUUCAUCAAAAGGGCCUGAUGGCCGCUGACAGAGGACGCAGGCCAUUGGGAGUUUGUGGCAUGCAUCCUAACCAUCAGGAAGCUCUAAAAAAGAACCGAGUGGUGCUAGCCCAACAGCUGUUGCUGGGUGAACUCUUAGAACAUCUCCUGGAGAAAGACAUCAUCACCUUUGAAAUGAGGGAGCACAUUCAGGCCAAAGUGGGCAGUUUUGGCCAGAAUGUGGAACUCCUCAACUUGCUGCCCAAGCGGGGUCCCCAAGCUUUUGAUGCCUUCUGUGCGGCCCUGAGGGAGACCAAGCAGGGUCACCUGGAGGAUCUAUUGCUCACAACCCUCUCUAAUCUUCAGCAUGUAACCCCACCGUUGAGCUGUGACUACGACUCAAGUCUCUCUUUCCCGGUGUAUGAAUCCUGUCCCCCUCCCAAGCAGCUCCGCCUGUCUGCAGAUUCUGUGGAACCCUCCUUAGACGACGGAGAUGGCCCUCCCUGCCUCCAGGUGAAGCCUUGCACUCCUGAGUUUUAUCAAACACACUACCAGCUGGCCUAUAGGUUGCAAUCUCGGCCUCGCGGCCUGGCACUGGUGCUAAGCAACGUGCACUUCACUGGAGAGAAAGACCUAGAAUUUCGCUCUGGAGGAGAUGUGGACCACAGCACACUAGUCGCCCUCUUCAAGCUUUUGGGCUACGAAGUCCACGUUCUUUUUGACCAGACUGCACAGGAAAUGCAAAAGAAACUGCAGGAUUUUGCCCGGUUACCCGCUCACCGUGUCACAGACUCGUGCAUCGUGGCCCUCCUGUCUCACGGCGUGGAGGGAGGCGUCUACGGAGUGGACGGCAAACUACUUCAGCUACAAGAGGUGUUCCAGAUCUUUGACAAUGCCAACUGCCCGAGCCUACAGAACAAGCCGAAAAUGUUCUUCAUCCAGGCCUGCCGUGGAGGUGCUAGUGGAUCCCUUGGGCACCUCCUUCUGUUCACUGCUGCCACCGCCUCUCUUGCUCUGUAAGUGUCUCCCAAUGCAUGGGGUGUGCUGGGACUUGGGCAGCCCAUGGCUCUCAGGUUGGUCAGCUCUCUGCACCGCCAUGGCCUGUUCUCAAGACUCGCUGUCAGUGUCUCCGCCUUGUUUGCUGAGGACGCUGACGUUGUCUGUGCUUAUUAAUCACCCUGUUGCGGUUUUUGUGACUCCUUCCAGUUAAGGGUUUUCUGUCUGUCUCUUCUUCCUACCCCUGUGUCUCUUGCCUUAUCCCCCUCCUCUUUUCCUUUCUCCAUCUCUCCUCCCCCUUGCCACUUGCUCCUUUUUCUUCUCUUUUCACCUACCCUGCCGUUCUUGCUGUCUUCUGCAUCAUCCGUGUGCCGUGCAGGACAGCCGGACAGAAGCCCCAGGUCAGCCCGUGACUCCCUCUUUCAUCCAUCCUCGCUUCCAUCCCCUUCUUUCUCUCACGCAGCCUGCGUUGCCCCUUUGAGAGCUAGGACCCUGUGACUAGGCGCAGCAGACACGCAGGCAUGCUUCUCAUCUGGGAGGAAAGGAAUCAUCAUUCAAAGCUCUAACUUAGGAGUCAAAUUCUGACUGGUUAUGUGAAGUUAGAGAAGGUACUUGAUAAAACCAUCUGUGAUCAUUUUGUCCUCCUCUAUUCAGAGAUCUAGGCAAUACUAGAUGCGGACAGGGAGAAGGUGCUCUCUUCUAGGGGCAAACUGAACCUUCUCUCUACGAUGAAAUCCUUCAGGGAAGGGACCAGUAGCCAGCUGUUCCUUUGAAAACUUGAGCUCACGUGUCUUCAGCUGUAUUUCAGUUAAUAUGAUAGAUGUCUGUAAAAGUACCACCGCAGUCGAUUGGCUCCUAAGCUGAA